AGAGAAGCUGCUCCGCGGGUGUGCGAUCAACCCCCUCACGCAAAACAAACCCGGAAGUAUGCGUGCUCCGUGAAACUGACAUCGAGGACACCAUUUUUUUUUCCCCUCCAUGAAAUAACUUUAUUGAUAGCACAUCACAAUAACAGUAGGAAGUAAUCCCAUAUAAAACACGCGAAAACGUAAAAAAAAUUAAAUGUUGGUCCAAAAGUAAGUAUAAACUUUUAAAAGUUACUUAUUUACGAUAGGUACGUAGUGAGGAAUGGUAAGAGAGGAAAGAAGGAAGGAAAGAAAGACGUAAGGCAGGAAGGAACCAAAAUGGAAGGAAAGAAACAAAGCUGUCAUGAAAGGACGGGUGGGCGCGACGAAGAUUGAAACGUAGGAAAUAAUCAAAUAAAAUUUUAGUGACACAUUACUUUUCGUCCAUUAAAAAUGCAACACACGGCGCUUUACAAAUAUAAAAACAGACAAAUUCAUUAAGGAUGGGUGGAAGGAAGAAAACAAGGAUGUAUGAAAGCAAGAAAGUGGGAUGAAGGACGGAAGGAAACAAGGAUGCAUGAAAGAAUAUAAGGAUGGAGGAAACGAUGAUAUAUGAAAAUGAAGGAAGGAUGGAACUGAUUGAGGAAAGAACAAAGGAUGAAGGAAUGAACACUGAAAAAAGUACUUAAUUUGAUCAUGUACAAAGGUUAAACAGACUUAAACCAUUUUUUCCUCUUCUUCUCAAAAAUAAUCAAAUUCACAUUUCAGUCGUGUGCAACUGAUGUACAUGUUCGAAUUCAGUAAAUUCAGUUCGUUGUUUUUUUCCCAUUGAAGCAAGGAAGGGACUCACAGGCACUUUUAGGGUCACCACCAGGUCAGCACACUUGAAACCUUAACACUGGCCUGAAACCAUCAUCUGAAAAACCCUAAACCAGGCUAGAAACUAGACUAUUCUGAAAACCCUACUUUGACUUUUUGAAAGUAAGAUGUGUUUAAAAAAAAUGUCAUUAUAAUAAAUAAGUGUAAAUGUAAUACAAAUAUUUUUAAGUGUAUACCUACCAGUCUGUAGAAUAUAUGAGACGGUACGAAAAAAAAGGGGGGAGGGGGAAAUGAAUUAUAGUCAUUGUAUAUUGUGCUACAACUGGGAAAAAAAAUCUAGUAAAAAAAAACCAAAAGUUUUAGGCUAUAGAUUAUUAUUGAGGGGUUUUGUAUUAAAAUACUACUUUUUUAAAAGGUGAAUUAACUAAAUACAUGUAUUUAUAUUUACAUUUUAAUUAUUUAUUUGAGCUACAUUAUUGUAUUUUUAAAAACGGCGUACAAUAACUUGACAAAACUUGACGGCUUGUCCUUCGUUGAUUGAAGGGGAAAAACACCAUUUCCCAGCAGGCGUUGCGAUAGAACAACAAAUAUGGCGUAGCGGGGCUUCAGUACUUUCCAGUCGACGAGAUCAAGCGUCGACAGCCAGUCCAGCGCAACACUGCGGAGACAUUCCCACUGCGGUGCCAGCCCGCCGCAGCGACACUAGCCGACAAAAUGUCUUCACCGAAGGCGAAACCCCCGGGUCGCGCCGGCGGCAGUGGGGGGAGCCCGGUGCUCGGUGGCACCAACAACGGCCGCUACGAGUUCAUGUCGCUCACCAAGCCGCUGAGCCGGUCGUCGACGCCGCCUCAUCCCCUCCAGCGGCAGAGCUCCGACGGGGCCGCCGCGCGGCUCCGCGCCUCGGAGAGCCCCACUCGUCGCCGCGGCUCCGGCUCCUCCAACGGCUCCGGGCCGCCGGAGGAGGACGGCAUUCGGCUCAACCCUUCGCUCCUCCGCGUGGCCCUCAGCUCGCUGCUCGCCAUCGACUUGUGGCUGUCCAAGAGUCUCGGGGUGUGCGCCCGGGAGGACUCGUCGUUGGGGAGUGCGCGGCCCCUGAUGAAGCUCAUCGAGGUGACGGGCCACGGCAUCCCCUGGCUGGCUGGAACCGCCUACUGCCUCUACAAGAGUGACAGUGCUGCCGGGCAGGAGGUCCUGCUCAACCUCUUCAUAGGUCUUCUGCUGGAUCUGGUCCUGGUGGGCGUGGUGAAGGCGACGGUGCGGCGGCGGCGGCCAGCCCACAACCGCAUGGACAUGUUCGCCUCCUUCUCGGUGGACCGCUACUCCUUUCCGUCGGGCCACGCCACGCGCGCCGCCAUGUGCGCCCGCUUUCUUCUGGCGCACCUGGUGCUGGCCGCCCCGCUGCGGGUCCUGGUGCUGCUGUGGGCGGCCACGGUGGGGCUGAGCCGCGUCAUGCUGGGCCGCCACAACGUCACAGAUGUGGCUUUUGGCUUCUGGAUGGGCUACUGCCAGUACAACCUGCUGGAGGCGCUCUGGCUCUCGCCUCAGAGCCUGCAGGCGCUGCUGGGACAUGUAGCAUAACAAUCAGACACUUAAUGUUAUUAUUGCCAAAAUCGUGGGAAUGCUGAAGAGCACUCAUGCACUUUUUCGACACGCUACUCCUUCCACACUUCCCGACCCAUUCAAACCGUUCCGACUUCAAAAUAUUCACAAAAUUCAGGACAUCUUUUCAUGUCCCACAAAUUCCCACAUUUUUCAGCAGUCCACAUUUUCAGUGGAAAGAAAUCUCAUUGAAACGAAUGAGACAUUUUACAGAUUUAACUAACCCUUCCAUAUUUUUAGACCAAUUUAAACCAUUCCAACUUCAAAAUGUUUACAAAAUUCAGGACAUCUACAACCCUGCCGCAAAAAAAAAAAAAAAAAAAAAAAAAAAAUUCCAUUUCACCAAUCCACAUUUUCCAUGGCAAGAUUUCCCAAAUCCUUGCAGACAGUUUUAACAUAUCCAUAUUGAACUCACCUAUUCAAAUUUCUUAACUGUCUCACACCAUUCCAACUUCAAAAUAUACCUUUUUUUCUUUUGAUACUCUAUCAUUGAAAUUAAUCAUUUUCAGUCCUAUAUUCAAGAUGCAUUCCAUUUGACAUAAUUGCACAGUAUUUCAGUUCAGCUUCAGCUCUUCAGCAUUCACACACAAUUUCUACAAAAAUGUCUCAAGUUAUUGUUUUUAUUCUAGCUGCACUACUGUGGAUCAUGUGAAAUAUUCAUUGUCCCACGAGGGGGGAGUUGUUGGUGCAGUCCAAUACUUUGUCUGGUCCAGUUUUAUAUGGUGCCUCUUAAAGGCAGUUUUAUCUUUUGCAAUCCAGAAAUCAACAAGGUUCUUGUUUUGCCACGUAGCAUGUACUUGUAAAUAUACUUGAAUACCAAGAGACUGUUCAGUCAAGAGAUGCAAGGAGCAUGAAGGUUUUUUUAUUGUUUUGUUUUGAUUUUAUCCUUGGCCGAGGCUGCGUCUGUCCUUUUGCGAGGGAUGUUCUUCAAAAUCAAUAGGGUUCGUGCUUUAACGUGGAUAAAUAUAAUCCCUGAAAACACGAAUAGUGUGACCAGUAGACAAGUGAUGGAGGGUGUUUUUUUACAUUUAAUUUGUGAUACAUUUGCCAUUUUGUGUUUGGUGUUGUUCACAAAAAUUCCAAAUCAACCGGGUUCCUGUUUUGACACACGGCACGUACUACUGUCAAUAAAUGCUUAGAAACUGUUGAAUCAA